AUGCCCGGCACCCACUUGCUGCCCCCAAAUCUCCUCAAGCUCUUCGCCCCUAGGCCUCCCCUGCCCUAUACCCGCCCGCUCGACAGGGACACCGACCGCGUCCGGCCUAAAAAUGUCGAUGGUGUCGCCAGCCUCAUCGCUCAGCUCCGCGAGGCCAAGACGCAGGGCAUGAUGGAGUCCGGGAACACGGGAGAGGGCGAGGGCAUGGAAGAAGGCGAGGAGCCCACUUUCACUCUUGCCGAGGAGACCAAACGCCAGCUCCGGAGGGAGGAGAGGAAGAAAAAGAAAGCCGAGGACUUCCAGCGUUGCAAGGAAAACUACAAGCCUUCAGAGGACGCCGAGGCUGCUGGCGACCCGUAUAAAACGCUGUUCAUCUCGCGUCUGCACAAGAGUGCCACGGAAAACGAUCUCCGGAGAGAGUUUGAAACUUUUGGCAGCGUUGAACGGGUGAGGAUCGUCCGGGACAAGAAUGGGCGCAGCCGAGGCUACGCGUUCAUCGUCUUCGAGCGGGAACGUGAGAUGAAAGGUAACGACCACCCUCCUUGCGUCUGA